AUGGCUUUGCUCAGUAUCAAUACGCCUGGCAACGGGCUCGUUUACAACACUUUCUUGAAUUCUCAAUUGUCUACUCCUAGAAUAUGUAUUACCUCGGAAGAGGAAGAAUUCGACAUUGAGACCAUCCGAAACUGGCAAAAUGAAGGGUUCGAGGUUACUUAUGUCCCUCUAGACGAUGGCGGAAAGGAGUAUGCUGGUCGAUUGGAAAGCGUUAAAGAGGGUUUGAAAGUUGGAGAGUCUUAUGCCAUUAUUGCAUACGGCGACGCUGCAGCCUACUGCCUCGAACACUUCCAAAAACCAGCCACAGGCGCCAGACUCACAGCCCUAGUCGCGUAUUAUCCUACUGCCAUCCCAGAUACGCGUCUUCGCUUCCCGCCUAGCCUUAAGGUGCUUGUACAUCUUGCAGGCGAAUCCGUCGACGUAGUUGUUACUCCUCAGGCUCUUGGGAUCCAAGGACGCAAGAAACGUAUCACCAAGCGUAGGAUCGAUCCGGGAGUGGGAAUUGGCGAACGCAAGGAUAUCGCAUAUACAGCCUUUACGUACGAUUUCGCGGAUCCGGGUUUCGCAGAGCAUGACUUGGAUGAAUAUGAUCAUGCUUCGGCAGAGUUGGCUUGGUCGCGAACAUUGGAUGUGAUGCGGAAGGCAUUUCGAAAGGAUACCGAUUUGGAACGACCGUGGGAGAUCAACACUGAAAGCAAAUUCUUUAGUGACAAUCUGUCCGAUACCAUGUCAACCUACACCACGCACAAAAAUCCCGCAGUCACUAUUGGGCCAACAUUGGCCGGUGGUGUCGGCGCCAAAGCACUACGUCGAUUCUACGAAAACGAUUUCCUACAGACUAAGCCCCCAUCAAUGCAGCUACGUCUACUAUCUCGUACGGUAGGCGCGGAUCGCGUCGUCGACGAGAUUUAUGUCACUUUUGACCACACCGUCGAGAUACCCUGGAUGCUUCCAGGAGUACCACCAACUAACAAACGGGUAGAGGUCAUCCUCGUUGCUAUCAUCGCUCUCAAAGCGGACCGCAUCUUCACCGAGCAUUUGUACUGGGAUCAAGCCAGUGUUCUCGUUCAAGUUGGUCUUUUGGAUCCCCAGCUACUACCCCAAGGUGUCAGCGGCGUUAAGAAACUACCCGUUGUAGGCAGGGAGGCUGCUCGUCGUAUUCUCGGCGAACACCCAGCACGCGGCGAUGAUUACCACCGGAGGUUGAUUGCCAAUGCCAGAGCACCACCCGUAACCAAGAAUACUCGUCCAUCGAGACAGUCAACACCAAUGCCUGCAAAUCGGGGCAAGGAUGUCGAGCAGCGAAAUACAGGAGCGACUAAUGGAGAACAAAAGCGUCAAACCGGGGCAUCUUCGUCCAAACCGAAGCGCGACAUUAGCGAUAUACAUGCUUCUGGAAAUGAGAGCACUGCUACUGCAGCUUCUACCCCUAGAAAGCCCAAGAAGUUGGGUACGCCUAGAAAGAAUAAAGAAAAGACACCAGCAGUCGAUGAAAAGGUUAAUGAAACACCGGAAGUCGAUGAGAAAGCGGAUGGAGAGAAGACCGAUGUCGAAAAGAAGACAGAUGAUGAGAAGCCAACCAAAGAGCAAACGACAAAUGGCGAGAACCACGAUUCACCAAACGAACAAAACGCAGAAAGUAUCGAGAAUGGUAAAGAAGCCGAUGAUUUUGCCGAUGGUGAAAGCGAGGCUGCUCCUACACCUUCUAGGCCAAUGGCUGCACGUGUCGAAUCUGCGGAUCAGGAAGACGAGUAA